AUGGUAAAGCUUGCUCAGAUCUUCAGAGAGGAGUUGGGCUUGUAUCAGGGGAAAGUCUUCUGCUUUGUUCAUCUGAGCAUUCAGGAACAUCUAGCAGCUCUAUAUGUGCACCUCUCCUGGACCAACAACAACAGAAAUGUGAUUGACCAGAGUUUGCAAUCUAAAGAGAAGGACUGGUUUGAAAUCUUGUUUCAGCAUGUUUCAUUAUCUGAGCUGCAUCAGAGAGCUGUGGAUGAGGCUCUACAGAGUAAAAAUGGACAUCUGGAUCUUUUCCUGCGGUUCCUUCUGGGUUUGUCAGUGGAGUCUCAUCAGAUUCUCCUACAAGGUCUAAUGAAACUGAAAAGAAGCAGCUCUGACAGCAAUGAGAAAACAGUUGAGUACAUCAAGAAAGGAAUCAUUGAUUCUCCAGAGAAAUCCAUCAAUCUGUUCCACUGUCUGAAUGAACUGGGUGAUCAUUCACUAGUGGAGGAAAUACAACAGGAUCUGAAAUCUGGAAGAAUAAAGGAAGCCAAACUCUCUUCAUCUCAGUGGUCAGCUGUAGUUUUUGUGUUGUUGACGUCAGAAAAGGAACUGAAGGAGUUUCGUCUUGAUAAAUUUGUUAAAGAAAAGAAUAAUCCUGAAAAUAUGAAAGUUCUACAGAAGCUGCUGCCUGUGAUUAAAAAAUCCAGAUCAGUUCAGUUGAGAGAUUGUGGCGUCACAGAUGAAGGUUGUGCUGCUCUGACUUCAGCUCUGAGAUCAAACCCCUCACACCUGAGAGAACUGAAUCUGUCUCAGAAUAAAAUAAGAGAUUUGGGUGUGAAGCAUCUCUGUGCUGUACUGGAGGAUCCUCACUGUAAACUGGAGAAACUGUGGUUGAGAUAUUGUGACGUCACAGAAGAAGGUUGUUCUGCUCUGACUUCAGCUCUGAGAUCAAACCCCUCACACCUGAGAGAACUGAAUCUGUCUGGGAAUAAAAUAAGAAAUUCAGUGAGUCUG